AUGAAGCAGUGGUUGUGGAUGUGGCUGGUGUUCGACAAAUGUCCCGGUAAUUCUAAUCCCAGUGUUAACGACAUAUUUAUUGGUGAAAGUCGAGAUCCAGACACUUGGAUGAUCAACAUGGAAAAUGUUGAUAGGUUCAGUAUCGUUUGUGAAAAACGAUACGUUUUAGAAGGCCAUGGUUAUUCGGAUUCUUCUAUGGAAAUGGACGACGGCAAACGUCCUUACUUUUGUUACAUGCGAUCGAGACCGAUUUCUGUGACGAAGAAACUUUGUGGACUCACCGUGUACAAGGACACGACUUCCGGAGAUGUAGAGGACAUGAUGAAAGGAGCUUAUUAUUUAGUUUUUGCGACCUUUCAUGAAUAUGCAAUGGAAGUUGCAUUAAAUGUUGAGCGGUGUCCUGUCACUCCAAAAGACUUCAAAUCUCCUGAAUAUGUGAGUGAUGCAACACAUUUGGCUGCUUUUCAAAUAGAUUUCUCAUACAACGAAUUAUUCGGGAACUUCCCUUCUUGGGUGAACCAGCGAAAUAUGCAACUUAAUUUGGUCGCCAACAACUUCGUGUUACAAGGUUCUAACAGCAGUGCUAUGCCUUCAGGAUUGAAUUGUCUUCAACGAAAUUUCUCUUGCAAUCGAGGAGAUCCCCAGUAUUCCAGCUUUGCAAUUAAACGUGGCGGUUCACAAAUGAGUUGUUAUGCGGGAAUUGUGCACGAGGCAGAUAAUGAGACUCUGGGUCCAGCAACAUAUUAUGUGACAAGGGAACACAGAUGGGCAGUUAGUAAUGUUGGUCUGCCUUCUGGAAGCAAGAAUCUACGAUAUACAACAAAUUUUGUUACUUUUUUCCCAAAUAUAAAGGACCCCGAGCUAUUCCAGAGUGCACGGAUUUCUGCUGGAUCCCUAAGAUACUAUGGCUUGGACCUGGAGAAUGGAAAUUACAACGUGACCCUCCAGUUUGGAGAGCCAGAAAUUCAAAAUCCUACAUCUUGGGAAAGUCUAGGAAGGCGCAUUUUCAACAUAUAUAUUCAGGAUAAUCUGGAAUUGAAAGAUUUCAACAUAAGAAAAGAUGCUGGCGGGGCCUCUUUUGGAGCUGUGGUGAAGGAAUUUAAAGCCCAGGCGACCAAUAACUACCUUGAGAUCCAUCUCUUUUGGGCUGGAAAGGGGACGUGCUACGUACCUUCUCAAGGUGUAUAUGGACCCUCUAUUUCAGCAAUAAGUGUCAUCCCAGAUUUCAUUCCCACUGUAAGUAAUAAUCCUCCCAAUGAUCUCGCGAGUGGGAAGUACAGGACUGGUCUUAUUGUGGUACUUGUUGUCGCUGUUGGAGUUGUAAUCUCUUUUUCCUUAUUCACCAUAUAUUAUUUGGCUCAGAGAAGAAAAGGGCCGAAGAGAUUUGAAGAUGAAGAGUUCUUGGGAAUGGAUGCCAGACCAUACACUUUUAAUUAUGUGGAACUACGAACGGCAACAGAUGAUUUCAGUUCUUCUAAUAAAAUUGGCGAGGGAGGAUUUGGGCCGGUUUACAAGGGAACACUUGAGGAUGGAAGAAUUGUUGCUGUUAAGCAACUGUCUGUAGCAUCUCAUCAAGAAAAGAGCCAGUUUGUGGCAGAGAUUGUCACUAUAUCUGGCGUGCGACACCGGAACCUUGUAAAAUUUGGGUAUCUUGCUCCGGAAUAUGCUUUGCGUGGUGUCCUUACUGAGAAGGCUGAUGUAUUUGGCUUUGGAGUUGUAGCCCUAGAGAUCAUCAGCGGGAGAGUAAAUUCUGACUCAAGUUUGGAAGAAGAUCAGAGAUAUCUUCUCGAAUGGGCCUGGCACCUGCAUGAAAAUAACCGGGGAAUGGAAUUGGUGGACAAAAAUCUGUCCUCAUUCAACGAGGACGAGAGUAGUUCAGCUUCAAGUUCGCAUGCAAUGCCCCGUGUGCUAGCAAUCGACUCAAUAUGGGCAAUGGUACAGUUCUUUCCUUAA